AUGACCGAGCCUGAUCAAGUUUCGCCAUUCGAUAUCUCUCCGUCUUCAACCACGACCAUCGAAGAGAAGACCGAAGCAGUGACAGCAGCUCGCCGCCAUGGAAAUUUGGAGACCAUACGCAAACAGCCAGGCUGGGAAAACUUCCCGUCCUGUAUUCCCAUCCCAAUGCGAACUACUAAAAGCGGCAAAGUGACAGAAUUUGGAAACACGAAAUUGCGCAUUAUCGAGCGAGUCGCAGUAUCGACAGACUUUGACACAGCUUUGAGAUUUCUCAAAGAGCUGACAGAGGGUGGAGAGAGGCUACUAAGUCUCAAGGACCUCGAACAAUGUGCAACACGCUUCGACAAGGCAAGGAAAGGACAAUCCAGGGAAAGAGGAGGAUCCAGUUCUGCCCCAGCGAGCACAGUGGUCAGUCAGGCAGACGAGAGUGAACCAUCUUAUCCGUCCACGGCACAACCUCUGGACGAUUGGAACAACUUCACACUGGAUCAAAGUCUGUUACCUUUGCAGAUCGGAACUUCAAUGCAAGCGCUCAAGCGACCGAGUCCAGAGGCGUUUCAGAGCAUGUCGGUAUCUCCAGUGGAACCAAAGCGACCUCGAAUGGACACCUUCUUCGAGGGUCAGCAUACUGACUUCCGCUUCGACACGUCAGAGCAUGAGUUGAGUCAUACGACGAAUCUAGCCGUGCCUCAAGGAUAUCAUCAGCAGAGCAACAUGAACAUGCGAGCCUCGCCAAGCAGCGUCUCACCACGAUCGCCAUCAUCUCAGAGUCCUGCGAGGGCACUUUUGAGUAUACACCCGCAUGCCGGCAGCAUCUUGUCGAACCUCAACACCGCAUUCGACGACCUGCUGGCUCGGAUUGAAGACCAGCAGCAACUUGUUCGAACUGCUCUCGAUCAAUACCGCAUGGCCAAGAACGGUCUUAGCGUCGCGUCCGGCGCUAUCAACACGACCGGAGAUCGCGACCUGGAGGCGGGACUGAGAACAGCACAGAGAAACGAGGCACGCGCCCAGCACGACCUAGAGCAGGCGAAGUCAGCAAGAGACGUGAUAGACAUACAGUAUGGUCACAUCGGCACAUCGCUUUCUCGGGCGCUGGUCGACACGGUGCGUGCCGAGUACACAAGAGCAGGGGUAGCCAUGACACGAGCUCAAGCAGAUGUUGAGGCUGCACGUCAGAGACUGAGAAACGCAAACAACCGAGAGCAAGUCUUGCGACGUACGAAGGAGGUGGCAGAGAUCGGCAUUGAUGAGCUGCAGCGGCAGACGAGGUUCUGGUUGAAAAGGCUGGCCGAGGCAGGAGUCAAAUUGACAGAUCAACUGGGCACUUUGCAGGGUAGUGAUGACAGCCAAACAUCAUCGCAGAUGUGA